CAAGGCCACCGUACAACCCGUGACGUCACGCACAACAACAUCAUUGUCCGUCUGCUCAGCUCUUUCUGACACUGAUGAGGAUUGAUGCAUUAGUCAAAUUCACACAUUCACAAAAUAAACUAGGUAGUAUGCACUACAGUCAUCUGGACAUUAUGCGACAGCUGCUCGCGCCUAAAGGACGUGUAUUUCUGCUCGCGCUCCAUGCUGUCAGGCAGCUGUAAUGAGCUCGAUGCUAAGUUAACUGAGGAUUUUAUCAUCGGGGUUUGAUUGACUGGCCGUGAAAGUGUGAAGUGCAACAUUUACCGUGAAAUUAAGUUCCCAAAAUACUCAUGCGUGAAAUGAGUACUCAAUAGAAAAUAAAAUAUUUGAGGUAGAAAUCAACAUGGGUGGUCAUUAAUGUCUUGAUCAUUCAGCGGUCAGUUUAUCUGGAUAAGAACGAGCUCGAGUAGAUCGGACACAGGAUGACGGACACCCUGAUCCUCUCCUUCCAGACUCGGCUGUCUGCGGUCAUGGAAACUGUCCUCAAGACCACCAUGUACGAGAUCACACGGCUAGUGGAGCAGAGCUUCUUGGAGCAGAUGGAUCGAGGCAAGCGAGAGGCGGAGGUGUUAAAACGGAGGCUGAUAGUGUCGGAGGCCAAACUGAGAGAACGGGAGAGGUUUAAGAGGGUGAGGUGUGUGGACUGUGGUCGGACAGCGGUGUCCAGGAGGAGGAUACUACACCGAGGCCCCGAAGCACAGAGCAGUUUGGACCAUCCACUUGUUGUAAAGCAGGAAAGUGCCCCUGACAAUAGCUGGAGGUGCAGUCCCAAGGGAAGCGCAAAUCAGGAGAAGCCUUCAGCAGCUCCAGAAACUACACAAAAUCCUGAUCAAGUGUGUGAACCUAAACCUGGAGGAGAAGUGAAAGAGGAAGCAACAGAGGCUAGAGACCCACAAGCUCGUCUAGUAAUCCAUCCUCAUAUACACAAACAAAAAGAUCUUCCGGGCAGUGUUGAAGAGAACAAUGGACUCCGCAAUACAGAUUCUGACCACAAACCAGGUGGCAGAUCUUGCACUGAAAGACCUGUGGAUGAGGAUGAGGUCAGACACAGAAACCUCCCAAAAUGGUUUGACCCUAAAACAGACCCUUUAGCUCGGUCAUCUGUUUCACAGCCAGAACCAGUCAGGACCUCAGUAUCUUCAGAGCCUCCGGGUUUGAGACCGCAAGUGGGCAGCAUAGACUCAGGGCCUGUUAAACAGGAAGUUGUAGUGAUGCUUCCACCGGACUGGGAAGAUAUGGAAAGGAUCAGGCCUCCGGUGGUUUCUGCUCAUAACAGUGCUAAGAAAACACAGUUAGAUCUUCAGCCUGGAGAUCCUCUCACCACUAGGCCUCAAAUACAGGAGCGAGUUUCCUAUCCUGCGCCUCCCGUCAAGGUUCAGAACCUUGCACCACAAACCAUGCAGCAUCUCAGAUCACCCGUGAGGAAAAACACAAAAAUUGUUCUACAUCCCAAUUCGGUUGUGACUGAUCAUGGCGCAGUUAAUGUAGACCGGGUACAGCCUAUCUGCAAAGCCCUUCCAGGUCCAAAACCCUCUCACGUCCGUCAGUAUCCUGAAGGAGCCGCUACAGGUGAAAGAAGUUUCAGUACCAUACACCCAGGAAGAAGUCUGCCGCAGAUGGUCAGUAUGAGGGUUCAAGGGGACACACGGCACCAUUCGGCAAAGACGAUGCACAAUUGCAGCCAGUGUGGAAAAGGCUUCUCUCAUCUGUGUCACCUCAGAGCUCACCAGCAGAUUCACACAGGUGAGAGGCAGUUCUGCUGUACCAUCUGUGGACGGAGUUUCACCAAACUGAGUAACCUGAAAGCACACCGCAGGGUUCACACUGGUGAGAGACCUUACAUCUGCACAGACUGUGGGAAAAGGUUUACCCAGAAAUGCAACUUGAAGAGACAUCAGAGGAUUCACUCGGAGUUCACUCACUCUAAUGUAUGACGAGACAUGGAGGGCUGAUAGCGGUAGAAUCUGGUACUUUACACAUUAACAUAUUAAUUGACGUUUCGUUGACUGGUUAAUUUAUUUUUAAUAUCAUGCAUCGUGUUAAAAGUACUAAACCUUAUGCUCUAAAAAUUUUCUUCUGUAGUGAUGUGACCGGAUCACUCAGGGGAAAAUACCAAUUUUGUCAAGAUUAAAUUUUUUUUUUUUAAAGCAGAGCACUUUUCCAUUCUCUCUAGAUAUAACAGGCUAUUUCUCACAAAUAAAUGUCCACAUUUUACCCUAAAAUCAAAAGAGAGAAAUAUAUAUAUUAAAUGCAACAGACACACCUACUGUGCAUGCAUUACAGUUAUGUAAAUGCAACGCACAACAACAACAACAACAACAAUAAUAAUGAUAAAUUAUAAUGGGCCUGAAAAUAGACUUUCUGUGUGCAAAAUGUAAUUUUCCAUACUUUUGAUUUUGGGGUGAAAUACGACCUGGACAGUUUCUCCCAUGCUACGGAAAUUUUCUCUAUUUGUUAUUGGGUUUGGUGGUUCCUCCGGUUAUCAAAAUUGAGUUUUACAAGCCUUGAUGAAUGCAACACAGUUACUUGAGUAUAAACUGUUAAAUUAGAUCCCUUCUGAUUUGUUUGUAUGUUCAGAUGCGUAGCAUUAGCUCUUUGAAAUGGUGCAUAUAUAAUGGUGCAUUACUGUUUUUUUUCCUUUUCCUUUAAGAUAUGCAGUAAACGGUUUUAAAAACAAAUUUAUGUGCAUAUGCUGAUGUGGGCUAAAAUAGUUACAUGUUCAUAUUUAGAUGUCAGUGGUUAAAGGUUCAAACCUAUGCAGGAGGGCCAAUGAAAGCACCUGCUAAACUUCAAAUGACUAUUUUAAAAUGUAAUGACAUUAAAUGACAUGGUUCCAAUGUUUUUUUUUAGAGUGUAAAGAAUGAGUAACAGUACAGCUGGUACAUUUAAGCUACUUUCUCUUCUGUUUUUAGUUUAAUGUCUUUAAUUGAUUAAAUGCCACAGACUUGUGUUUUAUUACACACUGAGCAAACUCUUCCAAUAAUGCAUGCAAACAGAUUAUUGGUUAAUCAGGUACACCACAGUAAGCCACGUGUAUUACAGGCUCUAUGACUGUAAUUAAAAUUAUUUUCUUCUUUUUCUGUGAAAAUGAAAAAAAUAUAAAUUAUGAAAUUGCAUUGAAAAUGGACCAAAUGGCAGCAAGUUAAUGUCUCCAUUUUUGUCAUACAUAUGUUGUUUUGUAAAGUUCAUGUCAGCAAAAUUAAAUACUUCUCCAUCUGUUUGGUAUGUACUUGGGUCAUGUGAUAUUCUCAUGUGGUCUUUUUAAUAACUGACAUGUUCUCCUUUCCUGAUACUAUGUAAUACUGAUACACUAAUACCACAGUAAUGCUCUGUGGUAACAGCACAGGAUUAAACAAACUUUAGGCCUGUGUAG